AUGGUUGAUGCAGCAGCUGGUGGAGCUUUAAUGAGUAAAACUCAUGAGGCAGCCUAUGAACUUCUGGAAGAAUUGGCAUCCAACAACUAUCAAUGGGCUAUAGAAAGAGCAAUGCCAAGAAAGACAGCUGGAGUUUUAGAACUUGAUUCUAUUACCUCAUUGGCGGCACAAAUGGCAACUUUGUCUCAACAACUAGGUAAAAUGAAUGUUAAUGCUAUUCAAACUAAUGUUGUUUGUGAUCAUUGUUCAGGAAAUCAUUCAAGUGCUGACUGCCAAGUGGGAAAUCCUUUUGCCCAAUUGAGUUAUGGACAAGCAAAUUAUGUGUCAAAUUUUCAAUGUCAAAAUAAUCCAUACUUGAACACGUACAAUCCUGGAUGGAGGAAUCACCCUAACUUCUCAUGGAGCAAUAACCAAGGGAAGGCUAAACCACCUCAGCAAUUUCCACAGCAAGAGAAGAAGCCGACACUUGAGGACAUGUUCAUGCAGUACUUGCAGAAGAUAGAUGUGGCAAUCCAAAACAACUCAGCUUCAAUCCGUAAUCUUGAGGUGCAGAUCGGUCAGCUCUCAAGCAUGCUCACAGAAAGAACUGAAGGAACUUUGCCAAGCAACACUGUCACCAAUCCGAAAGAACAUGUAAAGGCAAUAUCAUUGAGAAGUGGACGAACAUAUGAGGAGCCAAAAGUAACAAAUGCCAAACAAGAUGAAGCUGUAGAUAAUGAGGAGUCAAAGAUGAAGGAAGCCGAGUCAAAGAUGAAAGAAGUGGAGCAAGCUGAGAAGAUUAAGGAGAAUGAAAGAGCUUCAAAAUCCAGAACAUCCUGGGAAGUUAUUUUUGAGACUUAUUCUCCUUCAAUUUAUGAUCCACCAAUUCCUUUUCUGCAAAGAUUAAGAAAAAACAAUGUGGAUGAUCAGUUUUCUAAAUUUCUAAGUAUAUUUAAGCAAUUGCAUAUUAAUAUUCCUCUCAUUGAAGCUUUGGAACAAAUGCCUAAAUAUGCUAAAUUUUUGAAGGAUAUUAUAUCAAAGAAGCGGAAACUGGAGGAGCAUGAAACAGUAAUGCUGACAGAGGAGAGUAGUGCAAUCUUACAAAAGAAGCUGCCACCUAAGUUGAAAGAUCCGGGGAGUUUCACUAUCCCUUGCACUGUAGGAAAAUCUUAUUUUGAUAGAGCUUUAUGUGAUUUAGGGGCAAGUAUUAAUCUAAUGCCUCUCUCUGUUUUCAGGAAAUUGGGUCUUGGAGAAGUAAAGCCGACCACUAUCUCUUUACAAUUGAUAGAUAGAUCUAUUAAAUAUCCAAGAGGAGUCAUUGAGGAUGUAUGA